AUGUCGAAGAAAAAAUCAUCGAAAACGGUGACCUCCGUGAAAAGUAAGAAACAAUACAACGAAAAUGCAUGGCAGGAGCUUUUGGAAUCGCUAUCAAUUAAUGACGAUCAUUGGUGGUGUAUCGUAACUAUGAUGGUAGAGACUAGGAGUGAUCAUGCACGAUGCGUGUCGAUGUUUAACGAAGCUGCAGAAGAGGGGAAACGAAAAGCGAUUUAUACUCUGAGCCAUCAGAAAAUGUUAGCUAACGUUAGGUCCCUGUCUAGACAGGAUCCAGAUAAAUGUCCAGUUCUACAACGAGUUUGCCAUCAUGCCAACAAGCUGCUCGAAGCUAAUAUUGAAUCUACUUGGUCGUUAGCACGUGUUAUCAAAUAUAUGAUCUAUCGUGCUAAAAUAGAAGCGGUAUUCAGGAUCAAGAAGGAACGAGAAUUAAAACAAGCUAUCGAAGCGGAAUAUUAUAUUAUGCAGACUGUUGUCGAUCCAACUACGUCGAAAAAUGUUAAAAAGAAGAACGAUCAGUCCUUGAGAAAUAAAGCUAAUACUCGGCUUAGAAUUCGCGAAGAAGAAUGGAGAGACAUAGUUUACAUCGAUGAUGCUCCACUCGACGGACCUAAUCUCUACGUCGUUUUAACGGGCUUUCACGAUCCUGAUCUAUUCGUAGAACUGAUGAACAUCGGCGUACCUAUGACUUGUAUACUCAAGAUAAAAAGACCUGGCGAAACAUUACAACACAUUUCUUCGUUUAACGAAGAAAAAAAUCAACAUACCGAUAGAAUAUGGUUACGUUUUCCUGGAAGUUACGCCGUGGACAAAGUCGACCUUUAUAAAUUCUGGACAUCGUUGAAAAAUACUUUAAAAGAUCCACAAGCCAUUCAAACGUUUUCUAAUAUAGCGUUUCUUACGUUCAAGCCGCCAUUUUUAGCGGAGACACUUGAUGAUCUUGAAUACAAGAUUCUCAAAAAGGAUAUUUUCGAUAAAGUAUCCUUUAUCGUGUACGAUCUUUACGAUCUUCUUCGAAAACAUUCCAAUUACCUUAGAAGCAUGUUAAUCCAGCGUUACGACAUCGAUGAAAAGGAAGAAGCUGAGGCUAACGUCUACCAUGCAAUUCUCGAUGCUCUACCAACGGAAUGCGUCACCGUGCCAACAUUACUUAAUGCUCUUUUACUGCAGGUCGAAGCCAACUUAGAGUUAGUCCUGGCAGAUCGAUCGUUCCAAGAGCAAAAUGUUUCGGCAAAGGAGAACGUCGUUGAAAAGGAGGAGAACGAGGAGGAAGAAGAAAAGGAGGAAGUGCCAGUUGAGAGUAUCGACGGCGACGAGGAUUCGUGGGUUCGAGAAAGAAUCAAACUUUUAAAUCAAAAGUACAAGGUCAAAAUGUAUAACAAUAUCGUCGAAGAGAAUUCGAACGAGUUGCCAAUCGAAUUGAUUCUUCGCGGAGACAAAUUGACUUUGAAUACUCGUUGCAUUAAAUUGGAUGAUAAUAUCAAAGCGUUGUUAAAUCUAUCCGAUGACAUGUCCUUGGCUGAUUCAAUUCUCCAAGUUUAUCAAGACUCUAGAAUAAUCGAUUGUUGGGUGCAUUAUAAACAAUUAACAGAAACCAAAAUGAAGGAAAUUUUAACGGAUCCUUCUUUGCUUUUGCCAAAAGAUGAGAAAGAGGAGUCAAGAUUCUUUUCGAAAAGUGAUACUGAGAUAGACUAUGGGAAGGCCGUGGCUGCGUUCUUGAGUUGUCCAAGUCUCUUUGGACUCACCGAUAUAAGGGAAGUUUUGUUACCGAGUUAUUUGGAGAAGAAUGUCUUCGAGGGAAGAGAUAGAAGAAUGCAAAGAGUAGGAGAACCACUCGAAGAAUACGACGACGUCGAGUUACUUCCAAAAAGGGUUCUCCUUCAAACCUUUUACAAAUGCUUCCAAAAUUUCGAACGUUUCGAGAAAAGAUAUUUUGAACCAACGGAUUCUAUAUUACUGUAUUUCAGUAAUGAUUAUGUAAAAGGUGACGUAUCCGAACGUUCGACCUUAUCUAGCUUACGCACACCAGUUUGUUUACGAGAUUUCGUUAAGUACGUAUAUAAAGAAGAGAUCGAUUGGAUAAAUCGAGAAGAAGAAAAGGAUCGAUCAGAAUUGAUAAAGAGGACAAGUAAAUCGUCGAUCGGUGAAAUUAGUUCCUCGGAGGACGAACUUCAUUUUUAUUUCGGCGACGAACAUUUUAUUCUUCCGAAUUCUUUAAAAGCUCAGGACAUGAAAAAAAAAUUACAAGUUGACUCGAAAUAUAAAGAUUCUUCGAGACUCGAUACACCUAGGACGGAAGUAAUCGGUGAGAAAAAAAUUCCCAAGGGGGAUGAGAAAAAGAAAGGUGAUAAAACGUUGAGCGAAAAAAUCUCGUUGAAGGACAGAAAACAGAAAACAAAUAGAGAAAUAAAUGAAAUCGACACUUCCUUUCUACCUCGGAGGAAGAUCCUAUCUUUCGAGUCUGCCAAAGAGGAUGAACCUCACGAGUUCAUAGGGUAUGACCUCGGAAACUUGCGAGUUCAGAUAGUUGAGAAGAGUAAGAUCUUCAAUUCGGAGGAUGGUACAUUCGUACAAGUGAAUCUCGAGACGUGGCUUUACGAGAAGGUGGAUUUACGUAUUACCAUUACCCUUGCUGGUUGCACUCUACGUUUGUUUGAAAAACUCAACGAUCAUACAACUCCGGACGAGUAUUGGAAGGAAUUGAAAUUUGAUUUUCACGCCUCUUGGCCAUCAGGUUUGACGAUUUCACCAGUUACCGGGGAUGGUCCUGAAAAUCCUUUUUACAUUACUCAGUCAUACAUUUCCAAAGCACCCGAAGAUGUUGCUGGAGAAGCUUAUAGAAAAUUUUUGAGGAAUGGUACGGUGUUGAAGUUUCUCAACGACAAUACCGUCAUUGUAUUGCGUCCGAAUGGUACAGUCAUUGAAUGCACAUUGUUCGAGGAUAUCACAACGGACGAAAAAAAUUUCGAGGAAGGUAAAGAACUUCUCCUUAAGAAGGAUUCGUAG